AUGCCGCUGGAUACCGACCGAUACCUCACCAAACAAGGAUGGCAGGGGCACGGCAAGCCGCUGGACGGAGAGCAAGGCCGCGGACUUAAGAAGCCGCUCAUUAUCCCCCAGAAGCGCAACCUCGGUGGAAUUGGCCAGAAUCGCGACCGCGCCGUGGAGUGGUGGGACGAUGUGUUUGCCGCCGGUGCCAAAGCGCUUGCAAUCGGGCCUAGCAAGAAGCAAGAAACCGAGGAGCCCGUACCUCGCCGCUCACUGAGCACCGUCGCCAAGAUGGAGCAUGCGCGGCGGAUGCUCAUGCGUGGAUUCGUGCGCGGCGAGAUUGUUGGUGAUGAAUCGCUCCUCAAAGAGCAGCACAAGAGCGCAUAUAAUGGACAGAGCGCUACAAAGGCUACGGAUGCCGUGCUAACCAAGGCGGGACUGUCAGGAGGAGGGAAGAAAGUCGAGAAGGAGGACGUGAAGGAGAAGAAAGGGGAGAAAGAGAGAAAGGAGAAGAAGGAGAAGAAGGAGAAGAAGGAGAAGAAGAAGGAGAAGGAAAUAAAGGAAAAGAAGGAAAAGGAGGAGACGAAGGAAAAGGAGGAGAAGAAGGAAAAGAGCGAGAAGAAGGAGAAGAAGGAAAAGAAGGAGAAGAAGGAGAAGAAGGAGAAGAAGAAGGAGAAGAAGGAAAAGGAGGAGAAAAAAGAGAAAAAGGACAAGAGGGAAAAAGGCGACAACCAAGAAAAGAGCGACAAGCAGGCAAAGAGCGACACGAAGGACAAAAAGAAAAAGUCCGAGUCCAAGCCGGCCAAGUCUGAAAAGAAAAAGUCCUCUUCCUCCCAAACCGAACACACCCCCGCAGAGACUACCCUGCUCACGAAGCGCAAGUCCGCGCCCAUGUCGAGUGAUGCCCCCCUCUCGACCGAUACCCCCAAGCGGAAGCGCACCGCGUAG